AUGAGAGGGGUCGCACCGCAAUUGUGGAUUUCACAAACUCCCAAACUUGUGCGAGCCUACCAUAAUGAAGGGAAGUUCCAUCCACCUGAGGCCGAGGAUGCGGUAGCUGCAGUAAAGAGCUGGGAAGACCGUCAUCAAGUCGAUUUAAGAAAACUGGCUGCAUUAAUCCAUAGGAUCAUCGAAGUUACAAAGGGCUGUGGAGGGGUUGCCACAAUCGGACGACAGGCUCAAAGCAAGAAGUUGACCAUUGACAAAGCAGAUAGAGACAGAAUGCUAUUUAUGGAUCUGUAG